AUGAAGCUGAUAAGACAAACAGAUUGUUCGAUACAUAAAUUACCCGAAUCUGUGCUAAGCUGUUUACAAUCACAAAUCACCAUAAGCUCUUUUCAAGCAGCAAUACGAGAGUUAUUACAAAAUAGUUUAGACGCCAAUGCCAAUGAGGUAAUAAUUAAACUUGAUUUUCGGUCUUUGAGUGUAUGUGUUGAGGACGAUGGUAGAGGAAUGAGACCUGAGGAAUUAGAAAAGGUGGGUAAAAGAUAUUUUACUUCGAAAAUUGACCUGCUAGAAAGUUUGAAAGAUAUUGAAACUUUUGGUUUUAGAGGAGAAGCAUUGCAUUCGAUUGGUUGUAUUUCUCGUUUAUCAAUAAUUUCAAAGCAUACAUCGAAUUCCCAGGUAUUCAAAUUGAAGGAGAUAAAGCAAGAGCAACUGGCAUGCAUUUAUAAAUUUGAAGAGGAAAUUUCUAAUUAUCUUGAAAAUCAUUUCAAAUUUGACCCUAUUUCACAAAGUGGGACAAUUGUAACUGCUACAAGUCUUUUUGCCAAUGUUCCGGUAAGGAGAAGUCAGAUACUUAAGAUACCGGAACAUAAGUUAAUGGAGGAUGUUAGACAAGUAAUCCUUCAAUCGUUAAUCGGUAGGCCUAAUGUUAAAUUAACGCUCAUUAAGCUUGACCUGACAUCUGGUGACUUUCAGAAAACAAUUUAUGUCGAAAGAAGUCACGAAUCUGAAUUACAAGCUCGAUAUGCAACUAUUUUCAAAUCCAUAUAUGGUCAUUCUCUACUAUCAGAAUAUGAAACCGUACGGGCCAAUUUUCAAGACUAUAAAUUAGAUGGUAUAAUAGGUUUAUUUCCAUCACAGUCCAAAGCUUUUCAAUACAUUUUUGUUAAUCAAAGGCCUUUAUUGAUUUCUAAUGAAGAUUCCAAAUAUUUGAAUAAAAUAUUUGUUACUGCUAACUUUGGAGGAAUGCUUACAUCUACUGCAUCCAAUAUAAGCUUAUCUCCCAGCAAGGUCUCUCCCAAUAAACAAUAUACUAGCAAGUCGUUCUCACGCUUUCCAGUAUUUAUAAUUAAUAUUCAGUGUCCAAUUAUAAUUGAAGAUCUUUUUCAAGACCCUUCCAAAAGUAUCUACUACUCAAAUCAUAUGAAGCUAAUACUAAAUAUGCUUCGUAAUGUAUUCUCGAGCUUCUUACUGGCACAAGGUUACGAAUGUGUUACUAGAGAUCCAUCGGUAUCACCAAGCCCAAGUCCAAGUCCCAAACGUCAAAAAAGCGAGAGACCUCCUUUGAAACAAAAUAUUUCUUUCAUACCGGUGCUUAAGCCAAGUCUAAAGAGAGAAACAUUGAAGUCUACUAUUGAUUUCAUUGAUGGCAAUCAUACUCCCAAAUUUCCUUUUAAUCAAUUAGCAUCCACAGAUACCCAAAGGUUUUCUGCAAAUGAAUUCAACCUACAAAGUAUAUGCUAUACCGGAAAUAACAAAUCUAUGAAUGCUAAUGCUAGAGACCUUGAUCUACAAGAAACAAUUAUUGACAAGAAUGACCUUAUAGAUGGCAACUAUCGUAUCAUAAGCCAGGUUGACAGAAAAUUUAUUUUGCUUGUAAUGCCGGCAUCUAACAGUGUAUCUUCAACCAAACUGCCAACCAUAUUAGUGGUUGAUCAGCAUGCAUGCGAUGAAAGAAUCCGAGUUGAGGCAUUAUUCAAGGAUUUUAUUUUGAUGCUACUUGACAAAACCUUAGGCAUUGAAUUGAAUAAACCUUUAACAUUUACUGCUUCUGACAGAGAAAAAAAUUUAUUCAACUCUUAUGGAUCGAAUUUUGAAUCAUUAGGAAUCAAUUAUGCUACCAAUGCAGAACACAAGCUCAUUGUUACCCAUUUACCUCACAUAUUGAUUGAAAAAGUCGGUACUGACAUCGAUUUUUUAAAAUCAUGUCUUCUUCAACACCUAUUCGAUUUAGAAUAUCAUAAAAAGAAAGUGAAUAUUUCAAAUUUAGCAACUGAAGGGUGGUUUCAGAACGUUGUUCAGCUACCACAGGUAAUUAUAGACUGUAUAAAUUCAAAAGCAUGCAGAUCUGCCAUAAUGUUUGGUGACAAAUUGACUGUUGAAGAAAUGAUGUACUUAAUCAAAUCCUUAAGUGAAUGUAAUCAGCCCUUUCAAUGUGCCCACGGGAGACCUUCAAUAGUCCCAUUGGCCAAUAUAGGCUAG